GUGCAAGACGCACCCAGGUUCAUUUCACAGUACAAACUCCUACCGUUGCUCAUCUAGAGUCAAUAGUGCUGUGUGGACCUAGACGUCUCAUGGAAAUCAACUGAUUUUGUUUACUGGAUAUGCUUUUGGUGGAAUCAAUGUUUUACAAUAUGAACUCGUGAAGUAAGAGAAAACCGUCGCUUUCGCUUUGAAGAACGCUUGACGAACAGUCAUGGAAGGGAAAGAGGAGAUCAGUGAUACGGACAGUGGGGUUAUUCUGCAUUCUGGUCCUGACAGCCCGACCACAAUGAUGAAGGAUGUGAAAACUCACACUCGGGUCAUGAAACUCAAGCAGCAAUCUCUGGAAGACAGACUGAAAUUGUGCUUACUGGAGCUCAAGAAACUCUGCAUCAGAGAGGCUGAGCUCACAGGACAUUUGUCCUCAGUCUAUCCUCUGUUACCUGGAGAAAAGCCUCCUCAGAUUCGCCGGCGCAUCGGAGCUGCAUUUAAAUUAGACGAGCCAAGCAUCCUUCACAGAACUGAGAACUCUGCACUGAGCUCGGUGGAGGCUGACCUGGCUCUUCAGCAGCAGAUCUAUGUGGCAGCGCAGAGACUGUCCCAGGAGGAGCAUCUCAGUAAAGGGGUGAAGAGGAGUCGACUGCAGCAGUACCAACGAGAGGAAAGGAAACUCAAAGACCUUCAGGAGGCCGUUUUCAGACUGAGACUGGAACAUGGACGAUCCUCACCGCGGCCUGGCACCAUCACACAGAGAGGCGCUUCAGACGAUAGCUCCUUGUCAGAUUCAGCUGUGCUUGAAGAAGAGGAAUUGUCCUCCCAGCUCUCCUCAGAGCCUCCCUCAGCUCCUGCUGUGGACUUUUACCCUCCGCCGAUAGUCAUCUCUCAUGCCGCUCCUCAUGCACCUGUGGGCCCCUCGUACCGGCCCCUCCAGCCCCUUUCCCAUCAAACCCCUCCACAAUCCCUGGAGAGCCUGCACACCUGCCAGAGUCCAGAGCACGACCCUGCACCCAUCCAAAACUCACCCUGGACGGAGAGCAGUUUAGACCAGCCCUAUCAGAAAAUGAAAAGAUCUCCCUCUGUCAAAUCCAGUCCUUCUACCCCCACGUUGCCUUCUAUAGAGGUCUGUCUUGCGGAUGCUGGAAUCCCGUUGCAGAUACCUUCACAUGCGGCCCUGAAACACACACAGUCAUGCAGCGCACCCUCCACACCAGAGAUGCACCUGCGCAGGAGACAAUCCCUCAGACUUCCCAUCACCGAACCCAACCAUUAUGACCCUGAGCGGGAUCGUGGGCGCUCGAAGGGCCCCAGAAGACGCUUGACGGAAUUCGCAGUGUCGACAUCCGAAUAUUCCCCGAUGCGACUGAAUAUAGGAAACCCAGUGUACUACUCCAGCUCAGAAGACAGCAACUCUGAGCACUCUUUCCAGUCGUACGCCAGCUCACCCUGCCAGGAGCACCCAGGAGAACUUCCAUGGACUUACCAAUCCCAAUACGGCUACCAAUACGCCAGCCUCGCCGACAACCACAUGCCACAGAGAUGCUCGCCUACGCACUUCUACAAGAACACUCAAUACCAAUCCUCACCUAGUUUUACAAGGGGCUACAUAGAGGACGGAUGGGGUAACGCUUUAGAAAUGGACAGAGGGAGGUCGUAUGUUAACCACCAGGCUCCUGUUUAUUCUCCCAAUGGUCACUAUGAGUAUUACAGUGAGGCUCUGCCAUCCCAGCAGCGGAGUUGUAGGUUGUUACCCGCCCAUGUGAAACUGUCCCGGGCCCCUUCACUCAGAGAGUAUCCUCACCACCCUAGCCGAGGCCUGCCACGACAGGUUGUGUCGGAGGAACUUAAAUCAUGGCAUCAACGCAGCCAGUUUCGACCGCCUCGACCGCAAUCGCUGGAUCGGAACCGACAAGGAGCGCUCCGUAUCCGAAAUAUGCCUGGGCAAGAGUCCCCGCUUUCGAUUUCCCAACACCAGAGGUACCAGGAACAGCAGGUCGUUCUGAGGACUCCAGACAGAUUGUAUGAGGAUGAAUCAGAGGUUGCCAGUCAAGUGUGAAACCACCAUAAUCCUUGAAAAAGAGAGAGAGAGUCCUAUUUAUUCAGUAAUUUAUUGAGCUGAUGGACUAGAGUAUAGACUUUUUUUAUUAUAUAUGUGUAUAUGGGAGAGUAUGAGUUGUACUGUGAAGACAAUGUUUUAUUGACUUUUUAAAAUAGAUUAACUCACUUAUGGAUUGUUUUGUACGAUUAAAUAAAUCUAAUUUGUUACUAAGUGUGUUUUUACGAUAGUGUUUGUUGAUACUGAAAUAA